AUGGAGCCCGCCGCCGGCUUCUUGUCCCCGCGCCCCUUCCCGCGCGCAGCUGCCCCUCCCGCGCCCCCCGCCGGCCCGGGGCCGCCUGCUAGUGCCUCGCCGCGGUCGGAGCCAGAGGUGCUGGCCGGGCCAGCGGCGCCGGACCCGGGUCGCCUCAUCACCGACCCAUGCAGUGGCCGUACCUACAUCAAGGGCCGCUUGUUGGGCAAGGGGGGCUUCGCCCGCUGCUAUGAAGCCGCUGACACCGAAACCGGUGUAGCCUACGCGGUCAAAGUCAUCCCGCAGAGCCGCGUCGCCAAGCCGCAUCAGCGCGAAAAGAUCCUAAACGAGAUCGAGUUGCACCGAGACCUACAGCACCGCCAUAUCGUUCGCUUUUCGCACCAUUUCGAGGAUGCUGACAACAUAUACAUUUUCCUGGAGCUCUGUAGCCGAAAGUCCCUGGCCCACAUCUGGAAGGCCCGGCACACCCUUUUGGAACCAGAGGUUCGCUACUACUUGCGCCAGAUCCUUUCUGGCCUCAAGUAUUUGCACCAGAGGGGUAUCCUGCACAGAGACCUCAAGCUGGGAAAUUUUUUCAUCACUGAUAACAUGGAACUGAAGGUGGGGGAUUUUGGGCUGGCAGCUCGGUUAGAGCCCCCGGAGCAGAGGAAAAAGACCAUCUGUGGCACUCCCAAUUACGUGGCCCCAGAAGUGCUGCUGAGACAAGGCCACGGCCCCGAGGCAGAUGUGUGGUCACUUGGUUGUGUCAUGUACACACUCCUGUGUGGGAACCCCCCGUUUGAGACAGCUGACCUGAAGGAAACGUACCGUUGCAUCAAGCAGGUUCAUUACACGUUGCCUGCCAGCCUCUCACUACCUGCCCGUCAGCUCCUGGCUGCCAUUCUUCGGGCUUCACCCCGAGACCGCCCCUCUAUUGAACAGAUCCUACGCCAUGACUUCUUUACAAAGGGCUAUACCCCUGAUCGGCUUCCUGUCAGCAGCUGUGUGGCAGUCCCAGAUCUGACCCCCCCCAACCCUGCGAGGAGUCUGUUUGCCAAAGUCACCAAGAGCCUGUUUGGCAGGAAAAAGAACAAGAAUAAGAACCAUUCUGAGGAACGGGAUAAUGUCUCCUGUUUGGUGAGCGGCCUGAUGCGCACAUCCCUCGGUCACCCGGAUGUCAGGCCUGAGGCUCCAGCAGCUUCAGGCCUGGCACCUGUCAGCUUGGUAGAGACAGCCGCUGAGGACAGCUCACCCCGUGGGACACUGGCAAGCAGUGGAGAUGGGUUUGAAGAAGGUUUGACUGUGGCCACAGUGGUAGAGUCUGCCCUCUGUGCCCUGAGAAACUGUGUGGCCUUCAUGCCCCCAGCGGAACAGAACCCAGCCCCGUUGGCACAGCCAGAACCUCUGGUGUGGGUCAGCAAGUGGGUUGACUACUCCAACAAGUUUGGCUUUGGGUAUCAGCUGUCCAGCCGCCGUGUAGCCGUGCUCUUCAACGAUGGCACACACAUGGCCCUCUCAGCCAAUAGGAAGAUCGUGCACUACAACCCCACCAGCGCAAAGCACUUCUCCUUCUCUGUGGGGUCUGUACCCCGUGCUCUGCAGCCUCAGCUGGGCAUCUUGCGGUAUUUCGCCUCCUACAUGGAACAGCACCUCAUGAAGGGCGGAGAUCUGCCCAGUGUGGAAGAGGUAGAGGUGCCUGCCCCGCCCUUGCUAUUGCAGUGGGUCAAGACUGAUCAGGCCCUGCUCAUGCUGUUCAGUGAUGGCACUGUCCAGGUGAACUUCUAUGGGGACCACACAAAACUGAUCCUCAGUGGCUGGGAACCUCUCCUUGUGACUUUUGUGGCCCGAAAUCGCAGUGCUUGUACUUACCUCGCCUCCCACCUCCGGCAGCUGGGCUGCUCUCCAGACCUGCGGCAGCGGCUGCGCUAUGCUCUGCGCUUGCUCAGGGACCGAAGUCCUGCUUAGGUUCCAACCUGCAGAGCAGGCUGUUAUCAGACCCCGGGCCUGUGCCUGAAAGACUCGGGCCCUUGCCUUUGUUGCCCUUCCUGUCCCUUUGGUGCCUCACUGGGGGCUCUGGGCUGAGUCCCCCAGGGAAUCAGGGACAAGCUUUACUACAGUUGGGGACGGCCUGUCCUCCCUGUCUCUUACCCUUUCUCCCUGAGAUAAGCCUGAGCCUUAGCUCCCAGCUAGGGGGCAUUAUUUAUGGACCACUUUUA